AUGAAAUGGAAGCCUUUCGUAAAGAAUAGAGUCGUAGAAAUCACGGAAAUACUCGAUGCUAAUCACUGGUUUUAUGUAAACACUAAGCAGAAUCCUGCUGAUCCUGCUUCAAGAGGAGUAAUGCCUUCAAAACUUAUAUCCACAGAGAUAUGGUGGAACGGACCUGAAAUGCUGAAAGAGAAAGAAAUAAGAUUAGAAAAAGGAACUCCACUAGACACAGCAAUAGAAAAGAGAAAGAAUAUGUUAACGAUGGUAGUAACAAAUGAAAAUGAAGAACAACUUACCUUACUGAAGAAGUUUUCGUCACUAGAGAAACUUACACGUGUUAUUGCAUACUGCAGACGCUGGUUAAAAAUUAUAGAUAAAGAGAAAAGUGACUUACCUUCUUACCUGACGUACGAAGAAAGAAACGAUGCACUUACAAUAUGUAUAAAGAUGUCACAAGAAGUGGAAUUUUCCGAAGAGAUAGAAGACCUGAAAAGAAACAGAAACUUAAAAUCUAAAAGUAAUCUACUAGCUCUAUCCCCUUUCCUUGACGAUAAGAGCGUUCUAAGAGUCGGUGGUCGAUUAAAGCACGCAGAUAUGGAAUUUAUACGAAAACACCCGAUCAUCAUUUCAAAGAACAAUGUACUACUACCGUUAAUAUUGAGAGAAGCGCAUGCUAAAACACUACACGGUCCUCCGCAAAUGAUGAUUACAUACUUAAGAGGCAAGUAUUGGUUGAUUAACGCAGCAAACAGCGUUAAACGUUUUGUACGGGAGUGCGUUACAUGUAUAAGACAGAAUGCGAAGAAUAGAGAGCAAAAGAUGGGAGAUUUACCUGAUUCCAGAGUAAAGCCAUGUAGACCAUUCUUGAUCACCGGAACGGAUUUUGCGGGACCAAUAAAUGUCAGAAUGAGCAAGGGAAGAGGUGCCAAAUCAUACAAGGCCUACAUAUGUUUGUUCGUUUGUAUGUGCACGAAGGCACUACAUAUAGAAGUUGUAAGUGACAUGACAACGCAGGCCUUUCUAGCGGCAUUUAAAAGAUUCGUAUCAAGACGAGGCCAUGUGGCAGAAAUGUGGAGUGAUCAUGGAACUUCAUUCAUUGGCGCUGAGAAAGAGUUAUUAGAGAUGUGGAGUCAAGGAAAAUCCAGUGUACCAGAUGAGUUUAUUUCGAUGCUAGAUAGAGAAGGGACGAAAUGGAAAUAUAUCCCUCCAGCGGCUCCCAAUUUUGGCGGAUUAUGGGAGGCAGGUGUCAAGUCGACCAAAUACCACCUGAAACGUAUAGUUGGAGAUACGACACUUACAUUUGAGCAAUUAAGCACGGUCCUAGCAGAAAUUGAAGCCUGUCUAAAUUCGAGACCCAUUUCACCCAUAAGCGAUCAUCCGGACGAUUUGAAUCCUUUAACACCUGGCCAUUUUUUAAUCGGAGAACCCAUUAAUGUCAUACCAUCUGAAGACCUAGGAGAUGUAAAGAUGAAUAGACUGGAUCAAUGGCAAUUGACAACCAGAAUGGUACAAGAUUUUUGGCGAAGAUGGCAAUCCGAAUAUCUAACUAGAAUGCAACAGAGACCUAAAUGGAGACAGCCUACUCGAGAAUUCCAAGAAGGAGAUUUAGUUAUAAUAAAGGACCAGAGACUUCCUCCUGGUCGUUGGCCUAUGGGACGAAUUAUAAAGAAGUACCCGGGAAAAGACCAACUUACCAGAACGUAUGACCUGCGAACCUCGACAGGAGUGCUACAACGUUCAAUUACAAAAUUGUGUCCUUUAUUAUGUGAUAUAGAAAAAUAG